UAAAAGGUUCAGCCUACGAUUAGCUUAAGUUAUAAAACAUUCUCGUCCUUACUGGAGCAGCCUGAAAUUAAAUAGAUGCUACCAAUGUUUAAAUUAAAUAAUAAAAAUAAGAAAACAGACAUGGAAGAAAUAGAAUCAAAAACGGAUGCAAUAUAUGAAAAUACUGAUGAUAUAAAAGGACAAAUCACAAACGGGACAGAAGACUUGAAUACAACAGGAAUCCAGCCACCUCAACGCACAGAAAGUGAUUCAGUGAGGAUCAGAAGCUCCAGAGCAACUCCAGUGUGCUUGGCAUUGCUGUGUUUCGUUCUGCUGACUGCAGUCAUAGUGCUGAGUGUAUUCAUCUAUAUAAACAACACAAACUACACUGAAGAGAGACGCCAGCUACUAACCAACAUCACCAACAUCACCAACAUCACAAAAGACAGAGACAAGCUACUAAGCAACUUUACAGAAGAGAGAAAGUAGCUGCAAUCCACCAUUGACAACCUCAAAAAUGAAAAAGACCAACAACAAAGAAGUUUUACAGAAGAGAGAGAUCAGAUGCAAUCCACCAUCGACAACCUCACAAGUGAAAAACAACAGCAUCUAAGAAAUUUUACAGAAGAGAGAAAUCAGAUGCAAUCCACCAUCGACAACCUCAAAAAUGAAAAAGACCAACAACAAAGAAGUUUUACAGCAGAGAGAAAUCAGAUGCAAUCCACCAUCGACAACCUCAAAAAUGAAAAAGACCAACAACUAAGAAAUUUUACUGAAGAGAGAAAUCAGCUACUAACCCACAUUACUAACCUCAAAAAAGAGAAAUGUCAGAUUCUAAGCAAGUUGACCAACCUUACAGGAGAAAGCACCCCAAUACCAACUAACAUUGCCAAGCAAGGGCUCACAGAAGAGAGACAGCAGCUAAUAAAUGAGCCUCUGGAAUGUCAUGAUGGAUGGGUUUACUAUCUAUCCAGUCUUUACUUCUUGUCCAAUGAGACGAAGAGCUGGUCUGAGAGCAGACAAUACUGUAGAGACAGAGGAGCAGAUCUGAUCAUCAUAAACAACAUAGAAGAACAAAAUGCUGUUGAGAGCAUGACAAUGGAGCAGUCUACGUUCUGGAUUGGUCUGACUUACAGAAAUGAAGUGGGCCGCUGGAAAUGGGUUGAUGACAGUGAACUGUAUAGUUUCAGCUGGCAGCCGGAUAAUUUCUUGUAUGGAGAUUCUUACCAUAGACCUUGGAAAACCAUCUACUGGAAAAAUGACUGUGCUGCUGUAGAUGUUCAAUCAGCUCACAGUUGGAAUGUGUCUUCAUGCUAUGAAGCUUUUAAAUGGAUCUGUGAAAAAAGAAUUUAAACCAACAUACUUCUCUAGGAACACUGCACACCUUUUCUACAAUUACAGUUUUUCUCAGUGGCUUUGGUGCAUUUCUCAUAACACUGUUUACAUUUGCACAACAGUUAAUGCAUUUCUCAAAACAAUUAGUACAAACUGCAAAACCUAGUUGAUAACCUGCAAAAACGUGUGACUUGCUCAAAUGGAUUGCUCAUUCUUUAAAAGCAAGUAUUGAUGUCAAUAAAGGCGUCAGUGUCAUCAAGAUGAAAAGUCCUGCCACCAUUGUUUAUGAUCAAGAUAGUCAAAUGGCUUUACUCUGUAAAUUU